CUAGUUGGUAUAAACGAGGCACAUUAUGGCUGGUUGGUAUGGAUCUGUCAUCCUGUGUAUCUAGCAUCGUGUAAGGGCUCGUAAUAACCACUUGUUGCUUUGUCUUGCCAAACAAAGCGUUUGCAAAGUGAAAAUAUAGCAAUUGGUAAAUAGAUGGAUAUUGCGGUUUUCAUUUUGAGUUCAGAUAUUGACGUUUAUCUCGCGAAAAUCAGUAACAGCGAAUGAUUUAAUACAGAAGAUUGAGGCAAGUUGUCAACAUUAAAAGUUGAAAAUAGAAAAAAAGGAAUAGAGGUAGAAAACAGGUGCAAUUUACUUCACGCGGUCGGAGCCUCGGUUCACCAGUUCACAAAGUAAUAACAGUGUUCAAGAAUAUGCGUAUAGAAUACAUCGCGACACUAACAGAACAGUAGCUCUUUGAUCUGGAUAUCUCCAAAUUCCAACUCAUGAAAUCCAACUUCUUUGCCAGAAUUUGCAAAGAUUAAAUCAGUGUAUAAUGUCUUUAACGUGUGUGAUGAACAAAGCAAUAAACGUGCCCAGUGUGUUAUGUGUGGUGUGGUUCGCUCUUUUGGUUACCAUCACCAAAUGCACCCACCAGAGAUGGUGGCUGUACGGCUGCCAAUGCUCCAACUGGGAGUCGAGAGACUCAGUCCGUGAGGUGGUUAUGAACUCAUACAGAGGGCUGUUUGUAGGCAGGGAUGAUUUGUCGAAACUCCCUGUUGUAAAGCUUCAUAAAAAUCCUGGAGAAGCAAAUCUACAGUCGUACGUUGCCAAUACGUUGCCACAUAUCAACCAGUUUAUAAAUCCUGGUUGUUGCUACACAGACUACAGAUAUGAAAUAUUCAACACUACAUCUGUAAACAGUCAAGAGUUUAAAGUCGUUCACUUUGACAAGGCCUUUCAGUUUGUACCAACAGGACGUUGCAAACCAAACAGUACGUGUAGUCGCGGGGAAUGUCUGCAGAUGUUUCGUCACCAUUGGAUGCUGGUUUGGGACGAACGAUUGAGCACAUGGCCUCCCGUAACCUUCCUUCCGGUUGAGGUUCCCUCACAUUGUCAAUGUGUUAACGUUGGCAAGGCGCAACGGCGUCGUCGGCGACGAGCGUGCCAAUCGAGUAAUAUUUACGUUGAGAUGAAGGAGACACAGGAAUACAUCCCUACCGGCUGAAGAAGAUAACGUGUUGUGAUGUUCGUUAAAUUAUAACGAACGAUAUUUGAACUCGAUGAUUUACAUUGUACUCGUUUUAGAAAAUUGUGAUAUAUGUUUAAUUUUUUGAUGAUUCGAUUAAAAUGUUUUUAUUAUAAUUCUGUGAAUCCUGAAUUUGACGACUGUGGUCAGACAAAAAUUGUGAUGAAAUAUUUAUUAAUGUACGGACAUGAAAUUUGGCUGUGCCAAACAAGAAAAAACGUGUUGACAAUUAAUGUUGUGCGGCGUUCACACAGUGCCGAUUAUGGCUCCCGUUUGAGAUCAGACAGCGCUACGACACGAAAAGCGAAAAAGUCGGAUUACUAUCCUCAAUGAUCUGGAAUGUCCUAUCAUUGUCUGAACGCAGUCGUAUAUGUUCGUAACAGAGUCCUACGGAUCGGGAAUGGUCCGGAGAGGUCGGCCAAGCACUCCCGACAGUUAGGUGCGUCCCGUAACAUUCGGGAAACUCAGCCGAUUUUGUCUAGUCGGAUUACAAUCGUGACUAUGUCGUGACAGAUUCUGCUGUAUCGGAUCAAAAUCGUAACAAUGUCCUGUGUUGUCUGGUCAGUGUCCUGUGGAACGGGCAUGAUCUGGAGAAAUUUUGCAUUGCCGUUUCUUGCCGAUUGAGUCCAGAUUGCGUCUAGAUCUUGCCGUCAGCGUCGGUUCAUUGUCUGGUCACUGUCGGAUCUCUGUCGGAUCGCAUUCGGGAGAAUCGGGACGCUGUCGGGACAGAUUCGGUCGUUUUUUACCAUGACAAAGAUACAAAUCGGAUCAAAAUCGGAUUGAGAACGGGAUAAUCGGGACGAAUUCUACUGGAAACGGCUGGAUCGGGACGCCUCCUGAACAGUAUCUGAUGGUUGUCGUGAUUAAAUAAAUAUUUUUACAAAUUUUAAUAAAAAAGUUUGAAUUUCCAGCCACGAAUCACAGGAUAUUGAUCAGACUUUUGUCACAUUUUAAUCGGGAAUGGUCCUAUCAAGGACGGCAGUAAACAUCCUGAAUGUGUGACUUAGGCUUAACAUAAAACUUACGUGAAACUUAAUGUGUGCCUUCAUAGUGUCUGCCAAAGUAGUACAAGUGAAUGUGCGCUGUAGAUAAGUUUUGUGAAAGAAGUAUACUGUGUUUGAAUGAUGUAUUAUGUUAAAUAUUAUUUCUGUAUAUGCAUGUGCUUUCUGUUAUUCAUGUAAAUACCUUUAA